ACCAAAACACAAACACCUCUCAUUUCCACUACAUAAUAUGCUUCUUCACCAAUUGGGUCUACCACCAAACCAAUGGCUUCCCCUGCAACUAAACAAGAUCCUUAUCGAUGGCUAUUGAACGGGGACGUAGAGAAGAACACCACAUGGAGAUUUGGAGCUCCUCCGAACUACGAAGGCGUUAACAAGCUCUUCGAGGAAGGACGAACUAAGAUUUGGCCUCCUGGAUCACUGGAGGAAGAGGUCCAAAACUUGGUCAAGAAUUGGGAAGUGGAGAAUAUCAACAAAGUAAAGCAAGAGGACUACAAAAUAAUGGAUCCCAACAAAGUAACUUUCAGUCUAAAUGGAAGGAAGCCCAUCACUCUGGAGGACAAAAGAAAGCUAGGGGGAGGGUACAAUGCUGCACUUCAAACCUCUCUUCCUGCAGAGUACAGAUUAUACGACCCGAAACACGAAACAGCAGAGACAUCUAAUAAGCUUUUCACGACAACUUUUCCACGUGGGUUUGCUCUCGAGAUCGUCCAGGUUUACUCGGGGCCACCGUUGAUUGUGUAUAAGUUUAGGCAUUGGGCUUACAUGGAGGGUCCUUAUAAAGGAUAUGCUCCUACAGGUGAAUUGGUUGAGUUGUAUGGCAUUGGGAUCUUUGAGUUGGAUGAGAAUAAGAAGAUAGUGAAGGUGGAGCAGUUUUAUGAUCCUACUCAGUUGCUUGGACCUCUUGUGAAGGGUCCUAAGAUGGAUGAUUCUGCAGAGAAGGGGAAGGAACUCUCGAGUUGCCCGAUGCUCGAGAACUUGGAAUGAUAUGGGAAACCCAAUGCUUUGUUUUAUGGUUUAAACUAAAAUAAACCGACGCGUUUCAAAUCUCUGUCACUGGUUGUAUCACCUAUUAUGUCAAAUCAAUUGACUUUUGUCUAAUAAACACGAUAUGGAGCUUGUUGCCUA